UAAAUUCACUGCUGCAUCAAAUAGCGAUAUAAUGAGAAUAAAAGACAUUUUCGCUAAGGAAGCUCUCGAUUGUUAAGCAAUAUAUAUUUACCAAUACCACAGGAAACGUGUGGUGAAAAGUACAGGGAACAUGCAUGCUGAUGAUAGAGAAAACGUUUGAAGUUGUCCUUCGGUAGCAUGUUUAUUAAAGGAACGAUUCGAUUGAGACCCUGACGGCUACAUUCCCUGAAUAUGCCGCAAAGAACGCUUGGAAUAAUAAAGGAACGCUGUAGCUCUAAAGGCUUCACUCGAAUCGUCCAUUUGAUUUUACAUUGUAGAGAAUAAAGCAUUGUUUUCGUGGAUUGGGGCUAGUCGGACAAUUUUAUUGAACUAGCGCAAAAGAAGGGAAAUAUUUGUCGCCCAGAUAAUUCCAAAUGGGAAAGCAACUUUAAGUUAGCAAUAUAAAGCUAUCACGGUGAUGUCGCCAAACAUUGAAAAGAAGUAACGCACGAGAAAUUAAAGGUGCCUUUACCUACUUUUCGCGAUCUUCAGUUGGCACGACUGAAAGAUUGUAUGUAAACUAACAUUGAUGCAUGUGAAGAAUAAAUACAAAAGUUCAAUAAAUAAAACAGGACUAAUUGUGGAUGAAUAUAUUUUUUUACAUAACUGAUUCUGUUAUUUACAUUCUAUCCCUAACACUUAAUUACAGUUUGUGUUGAACUUAAUUUUGCAGGCGUUUAGUAGAAAUAUGUUCGAUGUUUGUUUGGUGAAAUUGUAAAUGAAACUGAAUAUUGCCAUCCGCACGUUUCAUGGAGGUGUCUAUAGGGCUUCGACGAUAAUUCAAGAGUCAGAAGAAAAACGAAAACGAGCGACAGCGCUCCGAGUGAAGAAACCUCCCCAUUCGUUCCGCGGCUUCGCUGUUCCCUUUCGAGCCAGCUGCACAGGCCAUAGAGCUAAGACGAAUACUUUACAAGCCUUUUUAUCUGUAUAUACUCUUGUUACGGAACGUAGAACGCGAAUUUAACCUCGAGCUUAAAUUCAGGGUAUUUAGUGAAAAUAAAUGUAUUUAAAUAUCAUAAACAGUUGUUCUUAAGACUUACAUGUAACUGAAACAUAUAAAUUUUAAACUUAUAGAUACGUUCAACUUGUUUGUUAUAAGUGUCGACAAUUGGUAAGUAAAAUAGCUAAAUAUUACUUCUACCACUACGUAAGAAAAUUCACCGGUUGAAACAGGUAACUUGAAUCAAGGUAUUUACAGUGGUGUGUGAUGUUGUAUAGUCCGCUUACAGUUAACUCUGCACAUUGUUCUAUUUUCAUUACUAGUGGUUGGUUCCUAUUCUGCCUUCCGGAAGGCAAAAAGAAGUAAAAAAAGAUCAAAAUUCACAUACAUUAUCUUCUUCAAGAUGAAAGUAAACAAUAAAACUCCGAAAGUUUUGAAAAGUUAGUUAUAAACUUUUUCUUCUUAUAUCCCAACUUUUCUCGAUCUAAUAAGCACUGCUAUGGGCUUUCAUAUUCCAAAUGGUUGCUGCAUAGCCCUUUAGAGGAGGCUGCGUUGAUAUCCGAGGCGGUAAGUAAAAUGUUGUUUUAAUUACGGGCAUUAACUUGCGGUAAUUUCUUUGGUCCGUGCAAUAACCUGCACUUGCCGCGUAAUUACUUAUACCGAAUAAAUGUAACGAGUCUUUUUGCAGGAGGAAAUAAAACAGUUUUCUUUUUAGUUUUAGCCAUGCGAAUAUUAAACCGAAUUUCAUCUUUGUACUCACAAAGUGCAAUAACGAACAAGAAGCGCACGGAGCAUAUUUUGCGGAAAAAAAUUAUUAACUGCAAAUUCAAACAUUUCGAAGAUUAGCGCAAAAUUAAAUCGGUGGUUCAGAACACUUAGUUUUCAUUUGUUUUUGUUGAAAAUUAAUUAAAAUCAAUAUAACAAUAAAUCAGUAGAAUUUUGCAAUUUUUUCGUCAUUUCAACUUAGUGGAAAGUUUCAUUCAAUUGACGAAUGUAGCCGCUUUAUUGGAACUCAGAUGGUACAGCCAUCAAGUGCUGAUCCCAAAUUACAUGGUUUAUCGUGGGCUGCUCAUUAAAGCACCAUCCAUUAAGAGCGGCCAUAAAUAGCGCAGACGACCAUGGCAUUUAACUUCCUUACUAACGCUGUCCAGAGAAAAAUGCCAGGCGAAAACACCACGGAAAAACUCCUCCAUCCGUCGGUAGAAGCGGCUGCAGUCUUCGCAGCAAUAAACAUCGCUUUCUCGGUCACUGCAUCGCUAGGCAAUGUUAUCAUCUUACUUGCUCUACACAAAGUGACUUCGAUUCAUUCUCCGACGAAAGUCUUGUUACAAUGUCUGGUAGUGACUGACCUUUGUGUGGGACUUAUUUCACAACCGUUGUAUGCAACAAGCCUUGUCAACGCAGGAAUAGCGAACUUCGACAUGAACAUUUUCCGUUACGUUACUAGACUAAUUCUGCCAAUGUCCGCUCUCGUCCUUUGUGGAGUAUCUCUCGCCACGUCUGCUGCAAUAAGUGUGGAUAGACUUCUCGCGCUGUUUUUGGGGCUGAAUUACAGAUACGUUGCCACCUUGAGGCGAGUGCGCGGGGUCCUGGUUUGUAUAUGGUUUAUAAAUGGUACACUAGCUGUGUGUGCCUUUAUUUCUCAUAUUUCAAUUCAUCUGUACAAUUUGUGUCAGUUGAUUUCUCUCGUGAUCUCGGCUUUCUCUUACACCAACAUCUACAUCCGUCUCCGACACAAACUGCAGAACGUGCAGAACCAUCCUCCAGAACAAAUACCGGCUUCAAAUAGUCUCGCGUCAACCGCAUUAAAUGUAGCACGAUACAAGAAAACAGUCUCUACCAUAGCAUGGGUACAGCUCGGAUUAAUUUCUUGCUAUCUUCCCAUUUGUGUUGCUUCAUUUCUUCAAUAUCGUGGCAAGUUUCGUCAAAUCCCAUUUAUUCAUUCAUUCCUAUCCUUACUUUACUUCAACUCGUCUCUAAAUCCAAUUCUUUUCUUUUGGAAGAUCAGGGAAGUGAAACAGGCCGUGAAGGCCAUAAUAAGAGAUUUAAACUGUUUAUGCCGAACAAAUUGAACUGGAAUGAAAAUUAUUGGCAGGAGGGGUCCAAACUUUUAUUCACUAAACACAGAAGUUUUUAUCUCUAGUUUUUUUCUUUUAACACUGAAGCCUAAAUAAGCCUAGAAAUAUUAACAACUUUCAAAUACUUCAAGUUGAGUAACAAUAUGUGAUCCUGUUCUUGGAAGGAUUUUUUGGUUUCAGACAAGGAGGAAAAUUACCCACUGGUUUGACGAGAGAGGGUUCUGGAACCUCCAGACCCUUCCCUGGAUUCGCCACUGAGACAGAAAAUCUCAAACUUGGUCCUCGACCCUGGCAGUAUGCAGUACCUUUGUCACUCGUGUUCCUCGCAGUGGUCUGACUCACCAUCGAGUCGUUUACUGUUCAGUCGUAGAACAUAAGAAGGCGAAAUCCAGAGAUCAGAAAUUCGAUACCCUGUGGAGUUCUAAGAUUUUUCCUUUAUCGCACGCGCGUAGCAAAUUAAAUUUAGUAGCUGUACGUUUGGAUGAACAGCUAGUAUGUCUGUUGGAAUUUAUACCAAGCUGUUCACGCUAUUGCGUCAGCUCCAACUCUUUAACACUUAA